GGGAAGGCCCCAGCGCACCGCCUCGCACCCAGUCGAUUCCCGCGCGUCCUGCGACUCCGCCGCUCGCAGCCCCACGACCCCGCAGCAUGGCCGUCAAGAAGAUCGCGAUCUUCGGCGCCACCGGCAGGACCGGGCUCACCACCCUCGCGCAGGCGGUGCAGGCAGGUUAUGAAGUGACGGUGCUGGUGCGGGACUCCUCCAGGCUGCCCGCGGAAGGGCCCCAGCCGGCCCACGUGAUAGUGGGUGACGUUCGGAAGGCUGCUGAUGUGGACAAGACCGUGGCUGGGCAGGAUGCCAUUGUCGUGCUGCUGGGCACUGGCAACGACCUCAGUCCCACCACAGUGAUGUCCGAGGGCGCCCAGAACAUUGUGGCGGCCAUGAAGGCUCACGGCGUGGACAAAGUUGUGGCCUGCACCUCGGCCUUUCUGCUAUGGGACCCAGCCAAGGUGCCUCCACGACUGCAGGACGUGACCGAUGACCACAUUCGCAUGCACAAGGUGUUGCAGGAGUCUGGCCUGAAGUAUGUCGCUGUGAUGCCGCCCCACAUAGGGGACCAGCCACUGACAGGGGCCUACUCAGUGACCCUGGAUGGACGAGGGCCCUCUAGGGUCAUUUCCAAACAUGACCUGGGCCACUUCAUGCUGCACUGUCUCACCACCAACAAGUACGACGGGCACAGCACCUACCCCUCCCACCAGUACGACUAGGGCUCUGGCCCUGCCCAGGAGGAUGGCAUUCUGGGGAAUGGGGAACAAAGGAAGGACAGCCCAGGAGUCAGGGAAUAAUAAAUCUUGAGCCAAGGGCUUCAAAUUAUUCUAGAGGACCGGA